AUGACGGCUUUUCGUCUGCCCGCCCACAAGCUCAUUGCUUUACUCGUUCAGCUCAAAUGGUCGCUGGACGUGGCGACGGCCCGAGUAAUUUCCUGGACCGACGUGAAAACGGCGCGCGAGAUCCCGCCUGAUAUUCUGGCGGCCCACUCGGCCAAGCAGAUGAGCUCGUUGUGCUAUGGGGUCGGCGGCGUCGACGUGGUGGAUACGCAAGGCGUCUGCAAGGCCGCCUCAUCGACUGAUCGUCUCUUCCGUCCGCCGCCCGACGCGAAACUGUGUACGGAGAGCGUACCUGCUGCGUCUCCCCACCGGGCGGCCGACCGAUCGCCGAGCAGUGCAGAGAUGAUGGGCAACGACACGAGCGGCAUCGACGAGAGCUUCUGCAUGGACCGAUCGGUGGUCUCGGUGCUCAGCGACUCGGCGACCGGCUCCUCCUUCACCUCUUCGUACUGUACGACGUGCCAGACGACCUCGUGCAUCCAGUACCAC